UUGACAUAGACAAGAAUCAAUCAAAACAAGAAAUUUUAGAAGCAGGAAAAUAAAGUAUGGAUAUAGUACUUUCCGAUAAGAUAUUUUAGAAAUCUUUUAAAUUUUGUAAUAAUGGAUAGUAUAGUGUUUAUCGGUGAUUGGGUGAAAGACAGAGUAUUAGGCUCAGGAAGUUUUGGCACAGUAGUUCUAUGGAAGCACCAAAAAACAGAUGAGAAACUUGCUAUCAAGACGUGUAAAUGGGGCGAUGAACUCACCUCCAAACACAAAGAACGAUGGACGAAAGAAGUCGAUAUGUUACAGAACUGCAACAACCCUAAUAUCGUUGGCACGAAGGAACUACCUAAGGAGUUUAUUGAAGGCUUAAAAUCUGCAAACCCAUCAAAAUUACCUAUUCUUUGUAUGGAAUAUUGCAGUGGAGGAUCUCUUCGACAGUUACUCAAUAAACCUGAAUCAUGUGGGGGUUUAAAGGAAGGGCAGGUACGUCAAAUUUUAAAGGAUAUUGGAAAUGCUAUGCAAUUUUUACAUCAAAACAAAAUCACACAUCGAGAUAUUAAACCUGAAAAUAUUGUUAUUCAAUUAAAUGAAGAUAACGGCUCUUCUAACAAUGGCACUCAAAGACAAGUAAACAUGCAGUAUAAAUUAAUAGACUUGGGAUAUGCCAAGGAAAUUGAUUCAAAUUCAGUUUGUGCUAGUUUUGUUGGUACACUACAAUAUUUAGCACCAGAGAUUCUUUAUAGCAAAACAUAUAGUAAUUCUGUUGAUUUCUGGUCAUUUGGACUUUUGGCUUUUGAAGUAAUCUGUGGUAUAAGACCAUUCUUGCCAUUUAUGGCACCAGUACAGUGGAUGCCUCAUGUAAAGAAGAAAACUCAUGAAGAUGUCUGUGUGUAUGAAACGUUUCACGGUGAUAUAGAAUAUUCGACAGAAAUUUUUGCAGAAAAUCAUAUUUCCAAACCAUUUAAAAUGCUCAUUGAGCAAUGGCUAAGGAUGGCAUUGGAAUGGGAUCCCAAAUUACGAGGUAGAGAUGCUCCAUCAAAAGUUACAUUUGACAUACCUACUGAAGAAAAGAAAACGGCAAGCAAAAUUGUUAUCUUCAACUUUCUUGAAGAAGUAUUGGCAAGAAGGAUUAUAAAAAUAUUUUCAGUGUACACAUCAUCACAACUUGCCUAUGAAAUUGAUGUUAAAACUACGAUAUCAAAUAUAAAGUUGUGGAUUGAAAAGGAUCAAAAAAUUUCUAUUCAAGAUCAGAUAAUUAUAUCUCAAUCAACUUAUAAUGAAGUUAAUGAUAAUGAACUAGUUGUAAAUUACUGGAAUGAUUGUUCAGAUAUAAACUUUUACCUUUACCAUAAAGGAAACAUUAUAAAAGAAAAUAUUGAACCAAUAGUACCAAAAACUAUUCAAAGAUGUUUGGAGCAUCCUAAGGCAUUAUAUAAUUUUAAAAAUCAACAAAAUUUGUACAGAAAUGGUCUGUUUUUUGUCAUAAAUGAAAUUGAACUAUAUGAUUCCUUUAUCAAAGGAUUGUUUGCCAGAGGAGAGUCUCUGAAACAUGAAAAGACACAAAUGCUAUUGAAACAUAAUGCAAUUGAUAAAGACAUUGGGAAACUACUUGUUAGAAAUGGAAUUGUUUUAAAAAUGGUUGAAGUGGGUAAACAUCAUGUCCUGAAUUUAAAACAAAAUGCAGUAGGGACAAACUUUCUUGGAGGAUUUGAGAAGAAUUUUAGAGAUACAGAUGAUUUAAAUGACAAAAUUAACAAACUUCAAACAGCAUGGACACAACUCACUGUACGAUUGCAAUCAGCAUCUAGAAGAAGUAAUGAAGCCUUAACUGUUGACCUCAACAACUUUGUACAAAAGUACAAUUACCAAAAUAUUUUUAAAAAUGCCUUGAAUGUUUUCAUAAAUUACAAAAGAAAUGAAUCUUUCUCUGAUUAUAGAGUUAAGGAAAAGCAAUGUCUUGAUGUUAUGAAGGUUUGUUAUGAUUGUCUUAAAAUUAGAAGUAAGAUUUUUCUGGAAAUACGUAACCAACCAUUCAUGUUGAAACUUAUAGAUUUGGGUACAGAAUUCAGUAAAAUUUCUGAAGUCAUAGGACAUGCAGAUAAUAAUGCUGAAAAGUUAAGUUUACAAGCUAACAAUAUCUUAGAAGGUUUGACAAACUGUAUGUGGUCAACUAUAUCCAUGCUUGCUAAUGAUGCACAUAAUUUAGUUGAUCUUCCGUAUAGUGUAGUUUCCUUUCAAAAGAGUAAUUUUAAAGUCGGUGAAGCCGUGUCUGCUCAUUGCAUUAAGAUGGCAAAUAAAGUUGAUGAAGAUGAAGCUCUUACUUCUCUGAUUGAAGAGAGUUUGAAGUUGAGACAAAGCCAUACUAAAUUAACUGAAACCAUUAAUAUGCAGAAACAAUUGCUUGGAAAAGUUGCCUUUGAUUUUAGUUUUCUACAAGACAAAGAAUGAAAAUAAUCUAGUAUAAAAAUUGGACCUAUACAUAGGCCUUUUGUUUUAAAGGUAUCAGUUAUAAAUACAAAGAAACUUAGUUUAUAAGAAUAUGAUAAUAUAUAACAAUGGGCACAAUAAAUUGUGGACUAUGUUAUUUUUUUAAAAAAGUGGCCAAUGUGUUUUUUGUGUAGCUGUUUAUUCUAGUCAGUAAUAAUUCUAUGAAGCAUGUAUUUUUAUGCAUUUUUGUGCUUAUAUUAAUGGUAUAUGGUCUAAAUGUAUAACAAUUUAUUUUUGUUACUAAUAUAGUUAAAAGUCUAAAUUUUGUUACUAACCAACCUAUGGUUAAAUGCUGAUUUAUUUAUUUUGUGUCACUGACACAAUCUUAAAAUAUGUAUUUUUAUAAUGUGUGAUUUAGAAGUAAAAUAUAA